AUGACGAAAUUCAGUUGUGGAGGAUUUAAAUUACUUCUUCUUCUUGGUUUUAAUGGGAUACAGUCCAAGAGGAUUUUGAAGGAGCUAAAGGAGAACAAUCCUCCUACUUCUCAGACUGAUGGACAUAUUUCCUUCAGAAUAAACAAUGGUGUUUACAGAUGUGGGUUUGCCACAAAGAAAGAGCCGUAUGAUCAAGUUGUUGACAAACUGUAUGAAGCACUGGACAAAUGCAAAGAUACACUGACUGAAGCAAAUAUACGUUUAUUUGUACCUCUAGUUCGGUUUGAUGAGGCUUCUAUUAGAAUACGGUUGAAUGAAAUAUCACUUACAUUGUUCUAUAGUAACGUUUUUGAUAUUUAG